UUUCCCUUUUGUUCAUCAAGCCUCUGAGGCUGUCCGAGACUAAGUCCUAAUAUAUGUGACCAGUGAUACCGGAAUCAUAUACAACUAUUUGGUCAGAUCCACAAACGAUGGCUUUGAAUGUGUCCCUCUGGUCAUUCCUUCUUUAUGCUUUUAGCCUGCGUCUCGUGAGAGGCCAAACGACCAAUGCCACCUGUGUUUCCUCAUAUGGUUGGGCCAAUAAUACUCUUGGACAGUCUCCUUGCUUGGUCGCGGCAUAUCUGGUGACUGCAUGCCUCAAUACAUCGUUUCUCGUUCCAGCACUUCCCGAAAGUAACCACUAUGCAGGUCCCACUACCUCACAAGCCAAUCUAUGCGAAUGCAACACCGUCACAUACUCACUUAUCAGUGCUUGUGCUGAUUGUCAAAACCGCGAAUACCUGAAUUGGGGCAACUGGACGGCCAAUUGUGCUGUAGUUGCCAUAGGAUUGUUCCCAAAACCGGUUCCCGCUGGAACUGUCGUUCCACAAUGGGCGUAUAUCAAUAUUAAUUCGGUACGGUUGCGCUUGACUUGUUGACUCGCCUCUGAUAAAGGUCUCCAGACUACUGAUCUUUACAACCCGGAGGAAGCUGAAUCAGUUGCUGAAGAAAGCACGCCGACUGCUAGUUCA